AUGGAAAAACAACAAAAUGACAUUAAAUGUUAUGAUCAUCCUCAAAAUGAUUUGGUUUUAAUAUGUUUAUCAUGCCAAUAUAAACCAGCAUGUAUAAAAUGUGUAGUUGGAGAUCACAAAGGCCAUAUUUUUGAAGAUAUAGAGAAUUUAGAUUUUAGAGAUGAUAUAGACUACAAAUUUCAGGAUGAAAUCAUACCAAAGCUAAAUGAACAGUUAGAAAAUAAUAAAAAUCAAUUGGAGAAAUCUGAAAAUAACUUUGCUCAAAUUAAAGAUAGUCAUGAAAAAAAUUUAGAAAAAUUAAUGGAUGAAUUUAAGAAAAUAAAAGAUUUUCUUAUUGCAAAAGAAAAUGAUUUAAAAAGAUUACUAAUAACUAAAUUUGAUGAAAAUUUAGAACCAACACUGCCAUCACAACAACAAUUCAAACUACAAACAAAAAAAUUAUCAAUAUUAUUAACUAUUAUAAUUUAA